AAUGAUUUUGAAGACAAAGCAGGUGUGGAAACUCAGAAUGGUAUGACGCAGGGAGAUAAGCUUAAUGCCUUAAAAAGUCGGAGACGGCCAUAUUCUGCUGCAACUGGAAUUCUGAGGCUGCAAGACAUGAAACUGCAUACCAGGUCAAUAUCACAACCAUUCAGACUGAAUACUUCAGGUAGCGCAGAAGGAUCCAUGUCUCCUCUGAAGGCCUCCAAAGUGAUGGCAGUUAAUUCACCAUCUGCAGAAAGAAUAAGCAGAAUUCCUACAUCCUCAGGCUCUAAUCUUAAAAGCGUUUCCAUAAACUCCAGACUAGCCAGUUCUCUAGGGAACCUGUGUGCUGCUUCAGAUGAUGAUGAAAGCAAAAUGACAUCAUCGUCCUCUAGGACAGGUUUUUCUGUAAGCCAAAUCUCCAGCCACUUGAGUAGCAGCUUGCAGCUGCCUCACAGAAAUAACCAUGAACUGAACAACAACUUAUACAACAGGAACAGCAGUAGUGGCAACAACCUGAGCAGCCAAACCAGUUUUCACAGUGCCGUGACAGAUGAGUACGCAUCAGCCUUCCUUUAUGGGCCUUACAACUCCUCCAGCACGAUACCAGAGUCAAUCAAGUCCCUUCAGUCUGAGUAUGUUCAGUACGAAAGCCUUGCUGCUUUGGUGAAACCGGUUGAGCUCUUAAAAUCGAAGACCUUCAUGAAGGAGAAGAACUUAAGGGAGGAAGCUGCUCACUCAGAGGAGAAAUUUUCAAUACAAGAUAUAUUAAAACCUUAA